CGGAGCAGCCCCAGUGAGCUGCAGCAGCACAGCAGACAAGCUGAGGGUUUUGAAGGUGCACAGUGCUGGAGUCGCUUGCCUCUCAGAGGACAUAAGAGCAGCUGUGCUGGGAGCAGUAAGAAACUCCCUAUUUUCUUCUUCAAAAAAUAAGUUCGUUGACAGCAGUUUAGGGCAAGUCAGCCAAGAUUCCUUUUGAUGAAUAAUAAAAAGAACUCCAACAGUGAGUGUCCUGCUGGGAAAAGUGCCGUCUCAGGUGUCACAAGAAGAAACUAGAAAGCAGGAUAUGGAGAAAGUGCAAUCAGCUUGCCCCUGAACAAACUUAGAUGUGAAGAAGAUGCUUCUAUUCUGGAAAAGGCUACCUGGAAUUUCAAAGUAAAUAAUUUUGGACAUAUUCUUAGGAUGUAAAUGAAUUAUUAUGAGUUACGAUCAAUAAAAAAACACAAUGGAUGUACAAAGAAAACCUCAUUGGACGGGGUUUCCCAGAAGAAUAUAGCCUGAUACCGCAUUCAUCUGCUCUUUUGGAUUACAAAAUCACAAGGAAAAGGGGAAGCCUUUCUAUCUGAAAGAGACCCUACAAUGAGAAUUCCAAAUACAUCAGGUAUCUGUCCAGUUCUAGUGUGUCUCUGUUUUGUGCAGAGGUGUUAUGGAACAACACAUCACACCUCCAUCAAGGUGACUAGAAAUCAAACCAAACACAUAGAUGGGGAAACAGAAGUACAUCAUCGCCCAAAGCGUGGAUGGGUAUGGAAUCAGUUCUUUGUUUUAGAAGAACAUAUAGGACCAGAUCCUCAGUAUGUAGGAAAGUUGCACUCAAAUUCAGAUAAAGGUGAUGGAUCUGUAAAGUACAUACUAACAGGAGAAGGUGCUGGAACUAUAUUCCUCAUAGAUGACACAACGGGGGACAUUCAUGCAACUAAAAGCCUUGACCGAGAACAAAAGACACAUUAUGUCCUACAUGCACAAGCAAUCGACAGGAGAACAGACAAGCCACUUGAGCCAGAGUCAGAGUUUAUUAUUAAAGUACAAGACAUCAAUGAUAACGUACCUGAAUUUCCUGAUGGACCUUACGUAGUCACCGUUCCAGAAAUGUCUGAAAUUGGUACUUCGGUUAUUCAGGUGACAGCUACAGAUGGAGAUGAUCCUACAUAUGGAAACAGUGCAAGAGUUGUUUAUAGUAUUCUUCAAGGGCAGCCUUAUUUUUCAGUUGAUCCCAAAACAGGUGUCAUCCGCACAGCAUUGCCCAACAUGGACAGAGAAGCUAGAGAACAUUAUACUGUUGUUAUUCAAGCUAAAGACAUGGCUGGUCAAGUUGGAGGACUUUCUGGAUCAACAACAAUCAAUGUAACCCUUACUGAUGUCAAUGAUAAUCCACCAAGAUUUCCUCAAAAACAUUAUCAGUUAUAUGUUCCUGAAUCUGCACAAGUUGGCUCUGCAGUUGGCAAAAUCAAAGCAAAUGAUGCAGAUAUUGGAUUGAAUGCUGACAUCAGGUACUCAAUUACCAAUGGAGAUGGUGUUUUUUCAAUAUCUACUGAUAAAGAAACAAGAGAAGGAAUUUUAAUGCUUAAAAAAGCUUUGAACUAUGAAAAAAAGAGGUUAUACACUCUUAACAUAGAAGGAGCGAAUACCCACUUAGAUUUUCGUUUUUCUCAUCUUGGACCCUUUAAAGACACAACAAUGUUAAAAGUCAAUGUGGGAGAUGUAGAUGAGUCUCCAUUGUUCACGUUGCCCUUUUAUGAGAUGGAGAUUUACGAGAAUUCAAAAGUUGGAACUGUAGUGGGAACAGUGACUGCACAUGAUCCAGACAGUGCUAACAGUCUAGUAAGAUAUUUUAUUGACAACUCUCAAGAACAGAAAGAAUUUGAUAUUGACUCAUAUACUGGAUUGAUAACAACAGCAAAACAUCUGGAUCGAGAGGAGAUUCCUUGGUACAAUAUUACUGUCAGCGCUUCUGAGAAAGACAAUCCUUCACUUGUGAGCCAUGUUUCAGUUGGAAUCAGAGUUUUAGAUGUUAAUGACAACCCUCCAUAUAUCCUUGAUGAAGACAUUGUUGUUUGUGAGAAUGGCAGGGCUGGCCAGGUUAUUCAUACUAUCAAAGCAAAGGACAAGGAUGACACUGCAAAUGGAGCAAGAUUCUAUUUUUCUCUACAAGAUUCCCAAUCUAUAAAUCCAAAUUUUACAUUGAGGAAUAAUGAAGAUAACACUGCAAGCAUUUUAACACGCCGGAGAAGGUUCAGUAGAACAUCACAGGAUCUUUAUUAUCUCCCCAUUGUUGUGGCUGAUAGUGGAAUUCCUCAUUUGAGUAGCACAAGCACCCUUACAAUAAGAGUAUGUGCCUGUGAGAGAGAUGGACGCGUACGGACAUGUCAUGCUGAAGCCUUUCUCUCCUCUGCAGGACUAAGUACAGGAGCAUUAAUUGCAAUUCUUCUUUGUGUUGUUAUUCUAUUAGCAAUUGUGGUUCUCUUCAUUACCCUAAGGAGAGGAAAAAAAGAGUCUCUUAUCAUUUCUGAGGAAGAUGUUCGAGAAAAUGUGGUGACUUAUGAUGAUGAAGGUGGUGGAGAAGAAGACACUGAAGCUUUUGAUAUUUGUGCUUUGCGAAACCCUUCUGCUGCAGAGGAGCUGAAGUACAGAAGGGAUGUAAGACCUGAAGUUAUGGGGACUCCAAGACUGCAAGCUCUUUCCGCUAUUGAAAACAUUAAUGUUCAGGAAUUUCUCAAACAAAGAUUGGCUGAGGCAGACCAUGACCCCGGUGUGCCCCCUUAUGACUCCUUGCAGACAUAUGCAUAUGAGGGACAAAGAUCAGAAGCAGGAUCUAUCAGCUCUCUAGAUUCAUUAGGAACACAGUCUGAUCAGGAUUAUAACUUUCUCGAUGAAUGGGGACCGGAGUUUAAAAAGUUAGCAGAACUCUAUGGAGAAAUGGAACUUGACAGAACAACUUAAUUUCUUAUUUCAAAAACAGUCUUUUAUUUACAAAAAAACUGGAAGCUAACCACAAGUUUAUCAAUAAAUUCAUAAUUGGAACUGAAAAAGUUGUUCACUUUUAAUGUAGAAUCAAGUGCCAUUUUCAUAUAUAGUAUACAACUGGGUUUCAGAUUUUGAGAAAAUACAGAAGCAAAAACUAUUUUCCCUUGUAUAUAUUUUUUUUAUUUUGCUCAAUAAAGCUGGUGGUGACACAUCCAUAAUAAAUAUUUAAAUAAGUAAUAUAAUUUGCUAUACAUUUAAUGAAUAUGUUAUUUCAAAGCUACCACAUAAAUUAGUGAACAUAUAAGUGCAUAUUCAACUAUACUUGAAUACAGCAUAAUCUUCAGCACCUAACUAUGCUGCUAUGGUUCAUUUUUGCUUUUAAAUAAGUUCCUCUUUGCUUUAGUGCUGUUGUAUGUGGCCUAGUUUGACAUUUUAAUUUUGUUUUUAACUUCUGAACAUAGUUUUCAUUUGAAUGAAGAGCUAUUAAUCACAACAAGGUUUUAAAAAUCUGAGCUAUGCACUCUGAGUGAAAA